CACCACUUCACACAUACACAUCUGAUUGCAAUGUUGCCAAGUAUAGUCUGUGGUAUGUGUGGUAUAAUAGUCGACCUGUUUUACGUAGGACUGACAGCUUUCUGCUGUUUAAAAACACGUGUUUUUGUAUUGAAAAUUGGAGUUGUGAACAGUUUUUAAUUCAGAAGAAAUUUACACACGAUGAAGAAAAUUAAAAACGGGGAUGCUAUAGCUCUCGAAAAGAGCAACCAGAAAAAGUUUAGCAACAAAACCAAGAAGUUGAAACAACAGAUAAAAACCGGGAAAAUAGAAAUUAUAGAAGACAAGAAGAAGAAGCAACGGCAAUCUGCUGAAGAAAAAAGAGGUCUUAUAUACAUCGGACAUAUACCACAUGGAUUUUAUGAGGAAGAAAUAAAGCAGUACUUUGAUCAGUUCGGCAAAGUUACAAAUGUUAAAGUAUGCAGGUCUAACAAAACUGGGCAAAGUAAAGGUUAUGGAUAUGUGGAAUUUUUCCAUCAAGAAGUCGCUAGAAUAGCUGCUGAAACCAUGAACAAUUAUCUGAUGUUUAAGAAGAGAAUUGUAGCUGAGUAUGUACCCUAUGAAAAAAGGCCAAAUCACCUAUUCCAUGGUGCAAGCAGUACCCAGAACAGCUUUUCAUCACAAUCUAGAAGACGGAGGCAGUUCCCUACACUUAAUGGUCCUGUGGAUGAAAAGACUCACACAAAAAGAAAGUUACACAGCAUGGGCAUUGAAUCAAAUUUUGAACCAACAGGAGAAAAACCGGUUAAAAGGGAUCAUGCUGAUGCUGGUGAUGGCAUAACAGAGAUUAUUCAGGCAACAGAAUUUGUCUCUGAAGUAGAUGUCAAGAUUCCUCUUAAAAAAUCAAGAAAAUCUAUCAACACAGCAUCAAUUAGUGAACCAAAAAUAUCAAAAUCUGGUAGUAGUCAAUCAUUAUCAAUUAAAAAAUCUAAAUCAACAAAGUCUGUGAAUAAACUGUCAAAGAUUGAUAAAGCCACAUCAGUAGAUUCUAUAUUAAUAGAUAAAAAAGAUCCCAAGAUAAAAAAGAAGAGUGGCGGAAUCAUAAAAAGAACAAAAAAGCCAAGUCCUUUGAAUGCAGAUACUGUAAAAAAGAUUGCUAGGGAAUUAAUUAGGAAGAAAGGUACUUCUCUGGUGACUUACGUUACACCAGGUAAUAAGAAAACUGGGAAAAGGAAGAUCAAAUCAGAAAAGUUAUUGAGGCAUUCCAAAGCAGAUUUUGGAGUAGUGCAUUCUGUAAAGGUGCUUGUCAUAACUGCUUUCCAGAAUUGGCCGCAAAUCUUUAGUCCAUCAAAUAGCUGUCCUGAAGCUACUGCAUUUUAUAAUUCAGCCAAAUUUGCUAAUAUUUCUUUUUCUAUUAAUUUUGCUAAUGUGGAUGAAGUAAAAAAAACUGGUUCUUGA